UGUUACGGGAGGAGCCAGGUGUUAGGGGAGGAGAGGAGAGGACGUCAUGUUGAGGAAACGAAACUCAACAUUCGAAACCAAAGCAACCCACGUCGAAGCUGUUCUCCCGUUCAGGAGAAAAAUAAAACGCAUUUUGGAACAAAAAGUCUGACAGUAAGAACAAGAAUGGCCUGUGCUAACACUUCCUGGUCUGAAGAGAACUUUUCAUGUUCCAUCUGUCUGGAUGUGUUCAACAGUCCAGUUACCACCGCAUGUGGACACAACUUCUGCAGAACCUGUAUUACAAAGUUCUGGGAUGAACAAGUCCAGUACAAAUGUCCUAUUUGCAACAAGCUUUUCAACACAAGACCUGAUCUACAGGUCAAUACCUUCUUAUCAGAGCUUUUAGCUCAGUUUAGAACGUCCGUAGGAGUAAAAGGGCAGCCGUGUGUUGAACCAGCAGAAGUUCCCUGUGACGUCUGUAUUGGGACCCAGCAGAAGGCUGUGAAGUCCUGUCUAAUGUGUUUUACCUCUUACUGCCAAACCCACCUGGAGCCACAUCAGAGAGUCGCUGGCCUGCAGAAACAUCGGCUGGUCGAGCCAAUGGACCGUCUGGAAGACAGGAUGUGUAAGAAACACGACCGACUUCUGGAGCUCUUCUGCCAGACUGAACAGGUGUGUGUGUGUCUGUUGUGCCCAGUGACAGACCACAAGUCCCAUCCUGUUGUACCUCUGAAGGAGGAAUAUAAGGUGAAGACGGUCCAGCUGGGGAAGAGAGGGGCUGAAGUUCCACAGAAGAUCCAGGCGAGAAAACAAAAGAUUAAGGAGAUCAAAGACGCAGUGGAACUGAGCAACAAAGACGCAGACAGAGAGAUAGCCCAAGGUGGGCAGGUCUUCACUGCUCUGAUAGGAUGUGUUGAAAUGGGCCGGGAUGAAUUCAACCAAACGGUGAAAGAGAAACUGAAAUCCACAGUGAAACGAUCUGAGGACCUCAUCAAAGAGCUGGAGCAGGAAAUAGAAGAUCUGACCAAUCAAAGCUCAAAGGUGAAGCGGCUCUCACACACUGAAGACCACCUCCACUUCCUCCAGGCCUUCAGAUCCCUGAAGGAUCCUCCACCCACCAGGGACUGGACCACGUUGGAGGUCGGUCCUCCGUCAUACGUAGGGACCUUGAGGAGAUCCCUGGAUCAGCUGGAGGAGACACUGAACAUGGAGAUGAAGAAGUGUGAUGCUGAACUGAAGUGGGUCCAGCAGUAUGAAGUAGAUGUGACUCUGGAUCCUGAUACAGCUCAUCCCAGGCUCAUCCUGUCUGAGGAUGGGAAACAAGUACAUGAUGGAGGUUCGGUGAAGGCCCUUCCACACAACCCUAAGAGAAUUACAGGGUAUACAUGUGUUCUCACGAGGCAGAGCUUCUCCUCAGGGAGAUUUUACUUCGAGGUCCAGGUUAAAUACAAGACUGACUGGGUGUUAGGAGUGGCCAGAGAGUCCAUCGACAGAAAAGAUAAGACAGAGAUGACCCCUGAGACGGGUUACUGGACUCUGGACUACGACGAGGAUGGGUUGGCAUUUAAUGAUAACCUUUCUGUCGGUCUCCCCCUGAGAGCUGGGCUCCAGAAGGUGGGGGUGUUUGUUGAUUAUGAUCAGGGUCUGGUCUCCUUCUAUGAUGUGGAAGCCAGGGUUCAUAUCUACUCUGCUACUGGCUGCACCUUCACUGAGCCUCUCUGUCCAAUCCUCAAUCCAUGUUCCUAUGGAAUCUCUGGCCCCCUGACCAUCUCACCUGUCAAUCAAACAGACUAGGACCUUUGUUUGAUAAUAAAAUAAUCAAACGACCAAAACAACUAAUGUUGUUUCCUGAAUUAGAAUAGAAUUAGAAUCUCUACUAUGUGAGAUCUGAGAUAUCAGCAUUAAUGUCAUACUGCUGUCAUUUAACGCGGAGAAUAUCUUUAAGAAUUAACCCUGCAGUUGUGUAAUAGAAACCUUUAUAAAGGGUUAUAUUACACUGCAUUUAUGUGUCUGUUUUCCCUUUAUUUGUUUUACGCUUAAAGAUUUAAAAGAUUAAAGAUAUAAAAUUAGUUGAAGUUAUGUAGAACAUGUUUGGAGGAUAAACAUUUAUAAAUAAUAAUAUAUAUUUUUUAACAUUUCUAUUGGUUUUUACUUCUGAAUAUUGAAUGACAAAACAAUUCAAUGUUCUUGCACUUGUGAUUUUAAUAAAUAGAAAAGGCAAAUAUUGUAAUGCGUGGGCCUACAUUAUCAUUGUAAUGGAUCAUUUCAGGGGAAUAGAUACUUUCCAGUCAAAUAGUGUUCAGUAUAAAUGCUGUUUCUGUAAAAAAUAAGUGUGAUACAAAAAAUAAAAUUGUUUAUUUCUAAAACCCUUAUUUUGAUUAUUUCGAGAUUGAUGGAACGUUUUAAAUCAUUGAAGAAAUGUAAAAGUUUGUUGUUGAUGAACCAGUAAAUUAAUCUCCAAUAUACAACAACCCACCAUGUGUUACACACUUACACAAAGGUCACAGUGACUACACGUAAAGAUGUGUGUGAGUACUGUGACUUUGUCUGGUCAGCUCUCCUCUCUUCUCAUCUCUUCUCCUCUUCCUCUCAUCUCUGCUCUCCUCUCUAGCUCAUCUAGGAUUGUGUUCAUUAUUGUCGUAUAUUAUGCAUUAAGUGAUGUACGACAAUGUCAAAGGUCACCCCAUUUAGAUUGGUGAAUCUAAAAUAGAUGUAGUACAACAGAACUCAUGCAAGGAGCUGCACACCUUGCAUGUUAUGGAGGAACAACACCUUUUAUGUUUCUCUUCGAUCAUACAAGGCUUGAGGAACAUGGUUCACUAAUGAAUCCAAUCAAAUUAAAACAAUCUCCUUAAUCCAGGAAACGCAAAACCUUUAUGGAUUUCUCGCUAUUGGAAAAUGCCUUGUAAACUCUCUGUUGGCAUGUUUAGAACAUGAAUCUUUAGAGUUUACGUUAAGUUGAAGAAGCUGUUGCGAGCGGAUAAUCUACCAAUGAGGGGACAGAGAAGGUCGAGAUGAGGAGGAGCAUGUGUGAGUAGUAAAUCACAUACAUUCACUUUCACUACUUUUGAUUGUGUGUACUUCCGGUCCCAGACAGGAAGUAGUGGGGCCUCUGUGCCGGAUGUGUGUGGGAGCCGGAAGUGUGUGUGUAUGUUUGUGUGUGCGCGUUUGUGUGAGUGCGCGUGUGCGUGUGUGUCUGUGUGUGUGUGUGUGUGGAUGUGAGUGUGUGUGUGUGUGUGUGUGUGUGUGUGUGUGUGUGUGUGUGUGCCAUGCCUGUGAGUAUGCCUCCACAGUCUCCUGCAGCGUCCUCACAGCCCUCUCCUUCUCCUGCAGCAUUAACCGGAGUGCAGGCCGACGCAUCCGGUCGUGAUCCGGGGAGGGCAGAGGAAGAACAGAGCGGCACGGGAGAGCAGAGGAGGAAGCAGCGACAGAGGGCCUUGAUGUGUCUGGUCAGCAAUCUCUGGGUGCCCGAUCCGGGCGUGUCCGACCAUAAGGCCAUCUCAAUGGAGCCUCCCCCCCCUCAAUAAGCCCAACAGACCAAUCAGUUUCAGGAACCUUAAAAA